UUCCAACAAUGCAAAGCGUGGACAGGAAGUUGUAGUUGUUUGGAGGCACGUGAUUGUCCUCGAAGCCGGAAGAGAAAUUAUCUUCGUCGAUAGAGUUGUGUUACCAAUAAAUGUAAUUAUUACAGUGUUGUUUUGGACAUGGCUGGUCCAAACAGAAGCGAUGAUUUGUUCGACAGCAUCUUGAUGGCCGAUGACAGAUUCCGUGGGGAGGGCUACAUGGAAGGUUUUGAGGAAGGUGAAAGAAUUGGAAUCAUUGAAGGGAGAUGUCACGGGGCAGUUCAUGGCGGAAAAGUUGCAUCUGAGGUGGCAUUUUACUAUGGCUUUGCAUUUACCUGGAAAUGUCUUCUUCAGAACAGCACUGAUGUAAAAGCUGGAAAAAGACUGAAGACUUUAGAAACACUUAUUGGAAUGAUUCAGAGUUUUUCACACAGUGACCCAGCUAGCACAACACUACAAGAUGACCUUGACAAAGUCCGGUCCAAGUUUCGACAGGUUUGUUCUCUUUUUAGUAUCCCUGCAGACUUCAGGCAGUGCUUUGAGCAUUCUGGAGUGUCUUUCUGACUUGAAAUCUAUUCUGCAAGAACAGUAUAAGCAAUCUGUCUUAAUUUGUGUUUCAACUGACCUUCUGACGCUCAAGUAAUGCAGAAAAAAGAUUUUCAUUGAAGAUGUGAAUUUGAGAGUGGAAGCCAAAUGUUUUUAAUACUUUAAUAUGGACUAUUCAGGAAGAAAACAAUUUGCAGAGAAACAUGCUUGUGUGCCUGUAGUCUGAUAAGAUUAUUUAUUUCUUAUGCACAAGUGUCUUAAUAUAACUUUUGUGAAGUUAAUGUAACUUGAACUGUUUUCUGUUUUUUGAAUGUUUUUAUUAAACUAAAUUGAAAAAUACUAUUGAAAUGUCCACUUUCAGAUGUUCUCUCAUCUUCCUAGCAGCAAAUAAGUAUAUGUAUGACAGUAGCAAAAGGAACUGUGAUGGUGUGAGGUAUACAGACAGAUGAUGCAAAGAUCUGGUCUGUUCCUGAGUCAUCUGUUUUGGACUUCACCUUUUUAUUUGCAUUGUGUGCUGCAUUCAUGUAAUGCUACUUUACACCUCUGCACAGUCAAAGACAUGCCAUGGUUGAUACUCUAAUCAAAUCAGCCAUUGUGCACUUCUAUACUAUUAAGCCACUUUUGCCCAAGUUAAAUCAAGGAUGUCGAAGCAGCUUCUUACUGGUUUAUUUUUUCACAACUGCUUUGGAUUCUAGCAUAUUGUGGUGUUCUUGCUAACUGCAAUGAUAUGCAAGAUGGAAAGGUGGUUGAACAUUAACUAAAUGACAAUUAAAAAAAAUACUUUGGUGUAAAAUUGUCAAAAAUAAAUGUCUGUUAAAAUAUAGAUACCAUGCCUAUAAA